CCUGAACACGCACUUGUUCAUGCUGAGCUGUGGAGACAAGCUGUGUUACACAGAUGAAUGCAAUGAAUGCAUUCGUGUAUUUUACAUUGGCCGUGGGGCUCAAUUUCAUGGGAACAGCCGACGGUACUUUUUGCAUUGAGGUCGGAGAGGUAUCUGCACUGGACGAUGAGAACUGGCGUCGAGCGGCACCGAAAGGUCCUCAAUCAGAAGUAAAACCCGGUUUAUACUUGUGUGAACAUAAAAUGGGCGCAGGCAAUACGGUCAGACUCGAGUGCACAGAGACCAACUUCUUUGACAAAGUCGCAAUCGCUCGCACGUACAACUUCUACAUCGCGAGUAACCCGCGAUUAGCGCAAGGGCACAAGCUGAUACUCGGCAACACGGACGUGGGAGCAGCCCCGGAGGUGAUGAUCGUGGGCGUCAACCCGAAGCAAAUCGACGCCCCGAAACUGUUGACAAGCGAGUUUUGUAAGGAGAACAGCAGGGAAGUGAUCGAAUUUUCGUUCAAGGAGAUUCUACCAGCGAAAGGCAAAGAUGCCGUCGCCACCAUCGACGCGCUCACUGAGUACUUCUGCUGCAACGAUGUAGACCAAUGCAUCUUGAAGAACGCGAAAGAUACGAUUGGGCGGCUCCUUCCCGCUAUGCGUAGGGUUUUAAGUGGAGUUUUAAGCGGAGACUACCUGAAACCGCAAGUCUCGAGACAACCGAGCAGACAACCGAGCGGACAAACGAGCAGACAACCGAGCAAACCGAGCAAACAAUUGAGCAAAAAACCGAGCAAAAAAACGAGCAAAAAUGGAAGCAGAUACAAUCAAGUCACACCGGUCGCCUCACCAUAUGCCGGCUCCACAAUCAGCUCCUCUUCUUCUUUAAAGAGGACCUCCUCGCAAAAGAGCACUGAGCCGGAAAUCUCCGGAACGGCGAAGCUUCAGGCGGUAAUGGCGGUCUUGCUCAACAAAAUGAUCGAUCCUUGCAUCCUCAUGAGGGAAACCAGAGACAGAAGGCUAACUGAGGAAAUCAAAAAUUCUUGUAAAGUGUAUUGUCAGUUCCUGAACAAGGUGACGGAAGUCUUCGAUCAAAACACAAGCGCUUUCUGCGUUGCCGGCUAUAACACGAAAGCUCCAUGUCUUGCGAUUCGGGACGGCAAGUGUAUUGAAGGAGUAUGCACGUGCCAAAAGGCCACUCAAAAUUCCAGGAAACUCGAGCCAGUGUCGAUGAUGUUUUGCGCCAACUCUUACAGAGUCAGCACGUCUGCAACAUCGCAGUGCCAGAGAAUGGAUUAGAAUGUCAUAGUUAUGAAUAGAAUGUCGACGUUGAAACUACCAAACCACGUAUCUCCACUGUGAAAUUCAGUAGUGAAUGAAGUUCAUGAUAUUUAACAUCUGGCUCUAGAUGAUUUGAAGAACGAUUGCUUCGGUAUCGCUGCAAAAUUAUAGUUGUUAUUGUGACUGUUUGAGAGGUUCACGUCAAGAGUUAACUCCAAUAAUAUUACCUUUGUAGCACUUUCAUCUUUUAUUCUUAACAAUUGUUAUACAAACUUUUGUACAUUCAUUAUUGAAAAUACCUGAUCCCCCCUACUGUUUGUCUAUCCUGUGUUGAUGAGCUAUACUUUCAACUUGAAAUCAUGUACGUUCUUUCUGUUAAUAAAUUUAUCCACGUGUUUUUGGUGUGUGAA